UCAGAUGUAGGACACAUAUAUAGGGGGGGAGACAGAUAUUUAGCAUGCGGCCUUUUUUCCUCCCGAAAAAUUUGAACGUUCUCUCAGUCAGCGACGUGUCCGAGCAACUCAACCCUGAUUGGUCGCUCUUGUGGCGGCUGCGUGUGAAACUUACUGCCGAGGAGCUUUUCCACGUCGCCGAAGUGGCCACGUUUUAUUCUGCUAUAAGGGCAGCCAUGCCAAGCUGUGAAUAGAUACCGACUGUCAGGAAUGGACCACCGAAAUUAACGUUAACACGUUUUUAGAGCGUUCACAAUGGCUUUUCCGGAUGUCCUGAGAUAUGUGUUGUUGAUCACCGGCUUUUUAUUCAUCCACACCGAGCCAAGUGCCGCCUGGGACGCGGAUUUAGAGCUGUUCGACCUGGUAGAAGAAAUCCCACAAACAUUUUACGAGUUCUUGUCCGUGAACCAGGAUGCGCCGUCGUCCGAGAUCAAAAAGGCAUACAGGAGGCUUUCCCUUGUCCUUCAUCCUGAUAAAAACAAAGAUGAGAACGCUGAAACCCAGUUCCGGCAGCUUGUGGCCAUCUAUGAAGUUCUUAAGGAUGAGGAAAGGAGAAAAAGGUAUGAUGACAUCCUGGUUAAUGGGCUUCCUGACUGGAGACAGCCCGUGUUCUACUACCGUCGUGUCAGGAAGAUGAGCAACGGAGAGCUGGGUUUCCUUCUCUUUCUCAUCCUCACUGUGGGCCAUUAUGCAGUGAUCUGGUCCAUUUAUUUGGAGAAACAGUUGGACGAUCUCCUUAGCAAGAAGAAAAGAGAGAAGAAGAAAAAGCAGAGCAGCAAGUUAGCCGAGGAGCCGAAGACCACAGGGCAAGAGAAAAAUGAGAAAUCAGAAAAACCUCACUGGCAUGAUAUUCUGCCACUUAAGCUGAGCAUCUGGCUUUACUACUCUCUGAAGUCUCUUCCUCAUGUCAUACAGGACGUGAAGCAGUACUACAAAGACUACAAAGAAAUGAAACAGAAAGAAAAAGAGCAAGCGGAAGCACAAGCUGAGCAAGAAAUGCAGCAAAGAGAGAAGCGGCCGAAGGUGAAGAAACCCAAAAUGGAGUUUCCGGUUUAUAAGCCCAUUGAGACGGCGUACAUGCCUACAUACGACCAGGGAGCCUCCAUCGAAGACAUUGAGGAUCAAAUGGACGACUGGCUGGAAGAUCGAAAAACACAAAAAAAGAAAAGUCCAGGUUGGGCAGAUGAGGAUCUCAGUCUGCUGACUCGCUGCAUGGCGAAGUUUCCUGGAGGAACACCGGGGCGGUGGGAGAAGAUCGCUCAUGAGCUGGGCAGAUCGGUCACUGAUGUGACUACAAAAGUAAAACAAGUCAAAGACAGUGUCACCAACACAUCCGGUUUGGUGAAGCUCUCUGAGCUAAAAUGUAGUGCCGUGGUAGGAAAAAGUGCAGUUCCAGAUAGCCUCAUGACCCAGCGAGAGGAGAUCAGGCUUUCCGAAGAGCCACUGGAGCCUGACGCACCAGAGGAAACGGACAGCAAAACCCUGAGGAGACGAGGCAAAAAAUCCACAACAGGGACAGGGGAUGCUGGGGAGGAAAAGGAUAAAGCGAAAGGGCGCAGACAGAGGGACUUUGACCCGACGGCCAUGGAUGAGGACAGUGAAGAGGAGAAAAAGCAACCGAAAGAAAAGUCAAGCACUGCUGAUGAGGUCUGGACCCAAAACCAGCAGAGACUGUUGGAACUGGCGCUGCAGCAAUACCCACGAGGCACCACAGAGCGAUGGGAUAGGAUCGCCAAAGUGGUGCCUGGAAAAAGCAAGGAGGAGUGUAUGAUCCGGUACAAGCUGCUCGCUGAACUGGUGCAGAAAAAGAAACAGGCGAAAAGCUGACAAAUCGAUCCUCUUCUCUUCUGCCUGUUCCUACGUCUCGCUCCUUGUCACGUGCCUUAGAUUUGCCAAAAAUCAUGCUGUAUAUCAGCUCGGUCACUUCUUCUACAGCUGUGUGGUUGAUGCUUCUGCACGAACUGACCGACUCUUAUGCAGUUCUCCAAAAGGACGAGCUUAUUUACCGUUCACCAUUUUCGUGCUCGUAUUUUGUGGAGAAAAUCUCAAACGGUUCCCAACCUGAAUCACUUGUAUACACAAUUAUGUUGAAUUUAUUUAGAAAGCAGUGAUCCUCAGUGUUAUCUCCUCAUCUCCAACAUCAUCCUACUGCUGCUCCUCUUUUUUUUUUUCUUUUUUUUUUUUUAAAUAGUUUUUCCUUUUCUUUUUCUCUAAAGGACAGGUUCACAUCCAUGCGUGAGCAUUUUACACGUGAUCAAAAAUCCACCAAUACAGAAGUAUAAAUCAAUCCUCCAGUAUUGGACAAACCCAUCUUUGAUCUGUAUUAUGUACAGCUACAAACGUGCAUAAAUCAGUUUUAUUAUUUAUUAAAACUUUCUUUGCUGCCUC